AUGCCACAACAAACCGUCUUCCGCCUCCCGAAGCGCACAUCGCCAUCGGAUCUAAAACAAUGCAGCGAAGAGAUCCCGACCCCCUCAAAACACGAAGUCCUCAUCAAAAUCCGCUCCGUCUCGCUCAACGCGCGAGACCUCCAAAUCACAAAAGACACCUACCCCAUGCCCGUAUCCGACAACGUAAUCCCCUGCUCCGACGGCGCAGGCGACAUCGUGGACGUCGGUGAAGGCGUCACGGAAUUCAAGAAGGGCGACCGCGUCGUCAUCAACUUUAACAUCAAGCAUCUCUAUGGGACGGCGAGGGGAUUCGAGGGCCAGCAGGGGGGUUUCACUGACGGGGUGCUUGCGCAGUAUGUUGUUCGUCCGGCGGAUUGUGUGGUUAGGGUGCCGGAGACGGCGAGGCAGAGUUAUGCGGAGCUUGCGAGUUUGGUUUGUACGGGGGUUACGGCGUGGAAUGGGCUUUUUGGGAAUGUUGCUCUGAAGCCAGGGCAGACGGUGCUUGUGCAGGGAACCGGCGGCGUCUCUCUAACAGCCCUCGUGCUCGCCAAAGCAGCCGGCGCAACAACCAUCCUCACCUCCUCCAGCAACGACAAGCUGCAAGCCGUCCAAGACAAGUUCGGCCCGGACUACACGAUCAACUACAAAGAGUAUCCCGAGUGGGGCUCGCGCGCGCUCGAGCUCAUUGGCGACCAGGGCGUCGACCAUAUCCUGGAGAUCGGCGGUGUCGGCACAAUCGAGCAAAGCAUCAAGGCGCUUGCGUAUGGUGGGCAUAUCAGUGUCAUUGGAUACCUGGCUGAUGUGGAUCCGGCCAAGAUGCCGAAUGUGCUGCAGCUUACGCUGACCAAGGCUGCUGUUGUGAGGGGGAUUCUGAUCGGGCCGAAGUGUAUGCUUGAGGAUCUGGUGACGUUUGCGGAUCGCGCGAAGCUGAAGUUGCCUGUUGAGCAGGAGUUUGGGUUUAGCAGGGAUGAGGUGCUGAAUGCGUAUAAGGAGCUGGAGAAGGGGGCGCUGGGGAAGGUUUGUAUUCGGGUUGAUUAG